GUAGCGCCAGGUAUGGCUGAAGUUGAUUUUGGGGACAGUGAGCUCUUUCAGCAGCUCGAUGAGUCUGCUCCCCCGGUCACGACGCACAUUCGGUUCACAGAUGAUGAGGAAGAGCAGGACGAGAGGAGCGAGCUCCGGAGCAGGCUGGAGGAGUGCGACGAUUACAUCCAGAGACUCACUGAGGAGAAUAAAAUUUUACGAAGGAAAAUGAGCCUCCUGACACGACCAAGCGGCGUCACUGUUGAAGAUGUUAACAUCGACGGGCCUCUUCUUCAGGUCCUUUAUACAAACAACAACAUAUCAAAGAAGUGUCGCCAGGAAAUUGAAGACUGCAUCUGUAGUGUGAUUUUGAGGCACCAGAAACCAGACGGUGAAAAGAGGUCCUCUUUUAACAUCAAGCCUCAGAAUUCCGCUUUUGCUUUGGACGAAGAUCCACAGAUGAUGUCUUCCAGUAGUGUGAGAACAACAACAGAAGCCUUUAAAGUCGUUGGGAGUGUCUUAUAUUUCACUACUUUCAGUGUUGAUAAACUUGGACAGCCUCUGGUAAACGAAAACCCCCAGCUGACCGAUGGAUGGGAUGUUCCAACCUAUCAGCAAGUCUUCAACCAAGUCAUUGGAACUGAUGGCCAGGAAAUAGAAAUGAAAGACAAAAGACCCAAGUCUAUGUGUUUCAACUGUGGUUCAAGCAGUCACCAGCUGAGAGAUUGUCCCAAGCCUAAAGACAUGGCUGCAAUUAAUGAGAGAAGAAAGGAGUUCAAUCAGAGCAACAACCAAGCCAUGCAGAGUAACCAGAGAUACCAUGCUGAUGAAGUGGAGGAGCGGUUUGCCAAAUACAAGCCUGGAGUCAUGAGUGAGGAGCUGCUGACAGCUCUGGGCAUUGAUGAGAACACCCUACCUCCUCUGAUCUAUCGCAUGAGGCAGCUAGGUUACCCACCAGGUUGGCUCAAAGAGGCAGAGAUGGAAAACUCUGGCUUAUCACUGUAUGACGGAAAUGCAUCAAGUGAUGGCACUGUAACUGACAACACUAAUUCACAAAACCUCUCAUAUGAUGUUUCCAAACUGGUGGAUUUCCCAGGUUUCAAUGUACCCGCACCACACAAAAUGAAAGAUGAGUUCAUGCACUAUGGUUCAAUUCCAAUGCAGAGCAGCCACAUGAAGCAAAACUAUGCAGCCUACCUGUCCAGCUUCUUUCCCACGCCUGGUGCCGCCUCCAGCAAGAGAAGACAUGAAUUUGAUUCAUCUCCACAGCUGAGGAAGAGGAGUAAGUUUAGCCCAGACCGGACCCCAGACAGGAGCUCGGACAUGGAUAUUGAAUCAGAUCCAGGAACACCUCAUCAAAUUCACAGCUCUGGUGAUUUCCAGUUCCAGCCACCACUGCCUCCUGGCUCUCCUUGCUUUAGUUCUCCUCCUCCUUUACCACAGGGCACUCCUCCUGCUACACCCACCCCCCCACCUCUCCCUAAAGGUACACCUCCACCUACUCCCACCAACGGCUCUCCAGCUGUGCGAGGGCAUGACUGGGUGGUGGUUGAUGAGACUGGGGAGGGAACAGAGGAUGACCUUACACUGGAGGAACUGGAGGAGCAGCAGAGACUGAUCUGGGCAGCUCUAGAAAAUGCUGACAUGGCCUCUAACAGUGAUUGUGAGACACCUGCCGCACAAACUCCUGUACCAAGUUCACCAAGUGUAUCCACAUCUGCACACGCGGACACAGAAACUGAAGACAUGGAUGAAGGAAUGGACUCAAUAAAACCUGAAGAACCUUCCCUGAGCAAAGAAAAUCAACUGGAGGUUCAAGAGGGUUUGUCAUUAAGCCCGGGACCAGUAAAAGUUAAUGACGAUAGCCCUCUCAGCCCCGAACCAGCUGAAGUCCAGGAACACACCCCUCAGAGUCCCGAGUCAGUGAAAACCCAGGACAGCACCCCUCAGAGUCCCGAGCCAGUGAAAACCCAGGACAGCACCCCUCAGAGUCCCGAGCUAGUUAAAACUCAGGACAGCACCCCUCAGAGUCCCGAGCUAGUUAAAACUCAGGACAGCACCCCUCAGAGUCCCGAGCUAGUUAAAACUCAGGACAGCACCCCUCAUUGUCCCGAGCCAGUUAAAACUCAGGACAGCACCCCUCAGAGUCCCGAGCCAGUUAAAACUCAGGACAGCACCCCUCAGAGUCCCGAAUCAAUGUUAGUCGAGGACAGCACAUUUCAGAGUCCCAAGCCAGUGAAAGCCGAAGUUGACAACCCACAGAGCCCUGAGUCAGAUUUGCCUCAUCCGGUGAGUGGAGACUGUAUGACUCCAGGGCAUCUCGAGAAGAUAACUGCUGUUCCGCAUCGUAGCAAGUUUGCAGCUGGCAUCGUUCCGUUUGAAGAUACACCAGAGUUCACUGAAGUUGCUGAAGCCACAGGAACAUACCUUAGGAUCAGAGACUUGCUUAAAAAUUCCCCACGAAGUCUGGCGAAGAAGAAGUGACAGUUUAUUGCCUUGAUUCAAAACACAGUAUAUUUUAAUGGAAAGUCUUCAUUUCAUCUCCAUUCAGCAUGGUUUUUUUCUAUUCUGUGUAAAUGCAGUCGAUAUGUAAAAUUCAGUUAGGGAAAGCCUUUUAAGGAUGCUUCAACAACUGAUUUUGACCAGCUAGUCUGAGAUUUUUUUUUCAGCAGAAGUGAACUGUUUACUUCACUGUAAAAUGUGUACAAUGGUAAUUUCUUGACCUGCAUUAUUUUUCAUCUUGUGGUGUUUUUGUGUUAUUUGUUCCACUUGAAUUUCUCUAAAGUAAUGGAGUAAACAAUAUUGUUUCUGCUCAAGUUGCUAUGUCUGAUUGCAGAUUUCACCCCCAUGGCCAAAUCAAAUAUACAAAUUAGCCCUUUUAUUGACCAAGAUUUAUGGACAUACUUUGUCAUUUUUGCUGUAAAAUUGAAGAAAAAAGUUAUUCUCAUCUUUCAGGAAUCAUUUGAAUGUGCUCUUAAGCCCCAAAUGUUGGAGGAAUACGGUAACGUGAAGCACACAUGGUAACGAAUAGGAGCCGAUUUUCUUUUUCUGUCCAUAUUCAGAAAGCAGUACCUUAUAAAUGCCAUAUGCUACCAUGUUACACCAAA